CGGUACAAUCUGAGAGUCAGCAACACUAGAGCCGCAAACAACAGGCGAGCUAUAAAAACUUGCUCCACUCUCUGAUCUCGUGUCCAAAGGGCAGACAGGAUCCAGUGGUGCAGUAAUAACAAAGCGCACUGUUAUUAUAACUGCCAGCGACAAGAAGCCCAAACACAGCCAUGGAGAAGAGCGAGGAAUUCGGAAAGCCUGAGGAGAGGAAAGGGAGACUGACUGUGGUUCUGGCACUGGCUACGCUCGUAUCUGCGUUUGGUUCGUCCUUCCAGUAUGGUUAUAAUGUGGCUGUGAUCAACUCACCAUCGCAGUUCAUGCAGAAUUUUUACAACACCACCCAUAUGGAGCGCUACGGCACACCAAUGACGGAGGACACCCUGACUCUGCUGUGGUCUCUGUCUGUGUCCAUGUACCCUCUGGGGGGCUUCUUUGGCUCCCUCAUGGUGGCUCCUCUGGUCAACAAACUAGGGAGGAAGGGCACCCUCCUCUUCAACAACAUCUUCUCCAUCGUCCCCGCUGUGAUGCAGGGGGUCAGCGAGAUUUCCAAGUCCUACGAGAUCAUCAUCGUUGCCAGAUUCAUAGUGGGCAUCUGUGCAGGUCUUUCGUCCAACGUGGUGCCCAUGUAUCUGGGAGAACUGGCUCCCAAGAACCUGAGGGGAGCAAUUGGCAUCAUGCCACAGCUCUUCAUCACCAUCGGCAUCCUCUGUGCUCAAGUCCUCGGCAUCAGGCACAUACUGGGCAACAGCGAAAACUGGACCCUGAUGCUUGGCUUGACUGGCGUUCCUGCCGUGAUCGAGCUCCUGCUGCUGCCUUUCUUCCCAGAGAGCCCCAGGUACAUGCUUAUCCAGAAAGGAGACGAGAAGACGGCAAAGAAGGCACUGCAGCGUCUUCGUGGCUGGGAUGACGUGGAUUCGGAGCUGGCAGAGAUGCGUCUGGAGGAGCAGUCAGAAAAGGCAGAAGGCCGCCUGACUGUUGUCAACCUGCUGUCCCAGCGCUCUCUCCGCUGGCAGCUGAUCUCCAUCAUCGUCAUGAACAUGGGCCAGCAGCUGUCCGGGGUCAACGCGAUCUACUACUACGCAGACAGCAUUUAUGGCUCUGCAGGAGUUAAGGCGGAAGACGUCCAGUACGUCACGGUGGGAACAGGUGCAGUGAAUGUCGUCAUGACUAUAGCGGCUGUCUUCAUCGUGGAGGCCUCAGGGCGACGGCUGCUCCUCCUCAUUGGCUUCGGCACAUGCUGCGCAGCCUGCGUGCUGCUCACCAUUGCUCUCACCCUCCAGGAGAGUGUGACGUGGAUGCCCAACGUCAGCAUCGCCUGUGUCAUCAUCUACGUCAUCGGACACGCCAUUGGACCCAGUCCCAUUCCUAACGUGGUGACCACAGAGAUGUUCAGGCAGUCGGCCAGGCCCGCGGCCUUCAUGGUCGGAGGCUCCGUCCACUGGAUCUCCAACUUCACCGUUGGCCUCGUCUUCCCCUUCCUAGAGAAAGGCCUGGGCUCUUACAGCUUCAUCAUCUUUUCCGUCAUCUGCCUCCUGACGGAGGUCUACAUCUGGUUCAUGGUGCCAGAGACUAAGAACAAAACCUUCCUGGAGAUCUGCCAGAUGUUUGCUAAGAGGAACAAAGUCGAGAUCAAACUGGCGACUGACGGCGAUCUCCCACUGAAAGAGAGCAAACAUAGCCUGGAGGAUGCAGAGAAGGCCACGGCCCUCUGAAGAAAAAUGAGACCAUUGAGAGGAGAGGAAGUCUUCUUUCUGGACUGGACAAUGAUUUAAUUUAAACUCUAUUUUUUCACUUUACGAGGAAUCUCUAUGCAAUCUCUCUUUGUGUAGCGUGUUAGCGCCUGCAGAAGGCUGAUAAUACUGAUAUUUGCGCUGAAUACAGAGGUGUGAAUGGGCGGUUAAGGAAAUAAACAACACAAUAUG